UUUAUUCCUGUGCCCAUUGAGCUGACUCUUGUCCCUGGUCGUCACCGCAAACUAGUUGGGCGUUCUGCUGGCACUAAGGUCUCAUCAUUGCACUCUCAUGAGAUGGCCUCUCCCACUAUUCGUCUUUAUCCUGCUUCUGUUGUUUGUAGUACCACCGAUACUAAUAACAGCCAAUCUGUAGUCACCUCGAAGCUUGAAGGCUCAAUCAAAGCUAAGCUCGCUACGGCUGCCGGUCCCUCACUUGACAAUACGCUAUCGUCUCCGGAUGAUCGGCCUGAUACUCCCGUGUACACGGCAACCCCAUCCAGUCCAAACAUUGCUGAAUACUUAGCCAAUACAUCCACAACCACACCUAUGGCCGCAGCCGUCACUACUAGCCCCUCUACUGCCAUCUCUGGUUUUGACUCGUCUCCUAUUGUCAACAGCGCCGUCAGUGACGUCAGUUCUGAUGCAGGAGUUAACUCCAUGGAUUCUGACUUAUAUUCCUGCGAUCAAUUGACUACUGAUUUGGCCAGCCUUGAGGACGCGAUGCGUGCUCCCGCUACAUAUUUGGCCCGACAUUGGCCAGAAGCGGCGCGUCACUUUGGUCUCCUCCCAACCCAGUCGGCGCGGGGGGAGACCCUUGUUGGCUACUCGUCUUGUGAAAACAAUGUUGCUAUCACUCCUGAACAACUCUCCGCGGGCCAUGAUGGAGCUCUCUUAGGUGGCCCUGAGACGAUUCUUUGUGUUCUUACUACUACUGCCUGCUUCGCGCCUCGGGUACCUGAUAGGCGAGUCUUUUACUUCAUACCUUUACAUAGAAUCAAUAGCUAG